AUGAAUAUUGAAGUGCCUUGUCAUUGUUCGAUCGAGACUCUGCAGAUACUGUCAGAACUGCAGAAUGUUCACGCGGUGGUGCAUGUCGAGACCGCACUAGACCUAAUCCAUCGAGUAUGUGGUCAGGGUAAAAAUAUGAUUGAAUGCAAAGACUGCGCAAAGACGCCCCAAACGUCGAUCGGGACUCUGCCGGCGCUGUCGGAGCAAUGCCUUCCUCUCUUCGAAGCUCUUUGCUCGGCAUACGACAUCUCCACUCAGCCCGGCUUCUUCGACUCAGCCAUGCUGGCCGUCGAUCAAACUGCAUCAUCGUUCAUUUGUAUUCGAAGUAAAGUCAUCCUGGGACAAACUGAGCUCGAUGAAGAUGAAACCCGACUACUAGUCCGAACAUUGCUUGGGCGAAGUUUGAUGAAACUGGUGGAGUUGAUGGAGGAUCUCAAGGGACUUCUAUCAGCGAUGCUGGAUAAUUCACAUACCCAUCGAAAUGGCAUAGCAAGUAUUCGAGCUUGUGAAUCAUCGAUGGAGUCUAUCAUCAGUCGGCUGGCGGUGCUGAUGCAGAUCAUUGAAGGCGAGUGCAACACAGCGCCGUUACCAUAA